AUGUUACCUAAAUAAAAUGCAUCUUCUUAUAUUAUGGUUCUUCCAAGUAAUAAUUAGUCUUACAUAUCAACUGAACAGCCUUUUGUUUAAAAAUCAACUGUCUUGCCUGAAUCAAAAAGUAAAAUGAUAAUUCCUUACAAUAUGACUCCAUUAGUAAAGGUAUUGAAAUGACCUGAAUAUAGUUAUUUGAACCAGUUAAGACAAAGUUCAUUCCAAGAGAUGCAGCUAAUCAAUCUAUUUAAUAUUUUAAUGAGCCUGCAGAGUAUUCUUAAGCAGAAAUAGAUUUACUUGAUUAAUCUUUAGAUAAAUCUAUUUAGUAGCAUUAUUAAGAAAAUUACGAUCCUUUAUAACCAGUUUAGAUGCCUUAAUCACCAGAAAUAAAAUCAUAUCCAUAGUUAUUUGUUGAACCUCCUAUUUUAAUUCCGUAUUUUAUGGAUUACAUAAAUUGGGAUUUAAAUAAAAUGAAGAGUAUAGUUAAGACUGAUGAAGAUGAUACAACAAAAUAUUUGAAUUUUUAUAGAUACUUUAAAUUCAUGACAACUAAAAUUUAGCAGAAAUAUUAUACAGCUAAGGCUUUAAUCAAGUCUUUAAUUGAAAAAUAUUAAUUAGUUCAACGUUUGAAUGACAUACAAAUGGAUUUAAAAACUCUUUUAGACAAUUAAGUUAAUGAUUUAGCUCAUUAAAGUCUUGAUUAACUCAAAAAACAUCAAUGGGUUCAAUAAGAAUUAGAUUUCUAAACAUUAAGAUAAAAAAUGUAUUAAAUACGUAGAGAGAGUUUUGAAGUUUUAAUGUUAACAGAACAUGUUGAGGAUUGUGUAUUAUAAGAGACAUCUUUUACAGAUUAAUUAAAUAAAUUGAGAGCUGAUUUAGAUCAUUCUUAUGAUUUAUUUGAGGAAUAAAUAAUUAUAUAUAUAUUCCAUGAUGUUGCUGGAGUAGAAGUAUGCAUGAAUUAUUUAAUUGAUGAUGUGAUGAAUGAAGAUAUAGAUGAAUUGAAAUUCUUUAAUUCUAUUCCUAAUUUCAUCAAAGAUUUAGAUAAUUUUGGAAUUGAAUUAAGACAUUUAGUUAAACAUUUAAGAUUGAUAGUUACAACUUUGAUAGAUAAAACUACUUAAAAUUUAAUAGAUUUAAAUAAAGCUCAUAGAUCUUUAGAGAUUGAAGUCAAAAAAAUAGUAGAACUCUUUAAUGAAAUUCCAGCUAUGGUUACAAAAAUGUAACUUAGUAUAAAUUAAGCAAGAAUUAUACUUUAAAAAAUAAAACUUCCACAUAAUAAUUAUAGAGUAGAGAACUAAGAAAUUUAUGAUGAGUAUAUGAAAUUGUAGGAGGAAAAUUCUAGACUUGAAUAAUAAAUCUAAAAAAGAAUCAACAAAGCAGCCGUAAUAAGUGUUGUGUGUGAAGAGUAGAAGAAUAUUUUAUAAUUCGAAAUUACACAGCUAAAAGAUGAUAAUAAGAAUGUGAUUGAACUUUAUUAGUUAUUAUAAGGAAUAUAAGAUAAAGAAUUUAUAUUAUCUAAAAUAUAAUCAUAAAGAACAGAUUUAUGGUAAUAGAUGAAAUAAGUUAAAUCUGAAGAAAUUUAAUAAUUGAAUAUCCUUGAACUCAAAAAAUUAGAAUAAAAAUGCAUUGAUAUCAUUUAAUAGAUAACAUAAUAUUUUGGUUAGGAUAGAAUGCCUCAUUAAUUUAUAAAAUUGAAAUUAUGGGCUGAAUCUGAAUUGAUGGCUUUGAAAAUAAAGAUUGAAGUUCCAAAAGUAAGUUUUCAUAAUUUGGAUUGUUCUUUAAAAUAAAGAAUUGAGAAAUUAGUAAGAUGGGAAUAUAGUGAGGAGUAAAAUGAAGAGCAGAAUGUUUCAUAAUAUAUUUAAUACUUCCACAAUUUGAAUCAAGAUAUGAGUGUAUAAUAGCCAGAUAUUGAAGUGGAUUUGGAUAGCUAAUUUGAGUUAUUGCAAGAUAAUGAGGAAUUACUACAAUUAAAUGAGACAUAUACAAUUUGGAAAAAUAUGUAGACAGCUGCAAUAUAUUUGAAUGACGAUUAUUUGUAAGGUCUGCUUUCGUCGCAUGAUUAAGGUCGUCUGAUAAAGUUUAGAAAAAAUGUGUGUUAUUUGUAGACAUUUUUUAAAUUAAUGUAAGAGGAUUAAUAUGUUGGUUAUGUAGGAGAAGUAGAAUAAUUGGCAGAUUUAUUAAUUUAAGGUAGAAAAUUAGAUGCAAAAAGUUUGAUUUAGAAUUCAAAGUUUAUACCUAAGAAUUAUAGAGAGAAUUUACUAAGUGCAUUUUGA